AUGCUUGAUCUUGCGAGCCAGAAAACCUUCAACAAAUCCACCCAUCUAUCGGCAUGUCAUGCUGAUUUUUCGAAAGUUAUUGAUGGACCAUUUUGGCCUCUUCCCAAAGCUAAGCCGAAUACGAAUCGAGCGACGGCGAAGGCGUUCGGAGCACAAGUCGCGCUUUGGCAGAAACAGCCCACAGUGGCUGGCCGAAGCGAAUGCACCGUGAUACGCACGCCGCGUUCAACGUUAACGACAGCAUUUGUUACCCUGAAAUUUCACCUGCCAUCGUUACGAGCGCAUACGAAACGAGUAUCCAAGCUGAAAAUCCUCAACGCUGCUAUCUCCUAUAUUGAUUCGCUAGUUGCUAUACUCAAGUCAAUUGGAUACGAUCGUGCGACAUUGCUCGCGAUGAGCACCACUACUGCUGCGGACGUCGACGAGGUGCGUUCGCGAGUUGCCGCUGUUGCACCGGAGAUUCUACGUUGA